AUGGUUCCCUCCAACCGGGAACGAUCGUCUCUGCGGUCGAUCGUUUUCCCUUGCCUCUUGCUAGCGUUACUGGUGCUUGUGGACAUUUCCGAAAGCUGCAGCAAGGUGCCGACCGUCGAAGGCAAAACCAUCACCACGGUAAAACAACCGGGUGACAAUGGUUACCGUCUCGCCAUCCGGGACGAUCCGAAAGGAUACGAACCGGGAAAGAUUUACAACCUAUUUAUUGUCGGAUCGCGAACGCACGCCAAACUGCAGCAAUUCACUCACUUCACGCUGGUUGCCCAUGCACGCAAUGGCGGCAAGACGUACAUCGCCGGUCCACGACGGGUCGGCCGGUUCCAGCUGUUCAGUGAUGCGCUGACAAAGUUCCACGACGAAUGCGUCAACACGGUAACGCAGGCGGACGACUUCCCGAAGACCGAGGUGCAGGUGAUGUGGGUUGCCCCGGCGGCAGGAUCCGGGUGCGUCAGCAUCUCCGCCAUGGUGUACGAAAGCGAACAGCAGUGGUUUGCCGACGACGGUGCACUGACGAAGGUGCUGUGCGAACACCAACCGGUACCACGCCUACAGCGAGGGGAAUGUUGUGCCUGCGACGAAGCAAAGUACAGUUUUACCUUCGAAGGCAUCUGGUCGAACGAGACGCAUCCGAAGGAUUAUCCGUUCGCGAUCUGGUUGACACACUUUUCGGACGUGAUCGGUGCAUCGCACGAUACGAACUUUUCCUUCUGGGGCGAGCAACACAUUGCGACCGAUGGGUUCCGCAUGCUGGCCGAGUGGGGCUCGGUACGCCUGCUGGAACAGGAGCUGCGGGCGAAAGGAUCGCGUCUCCGCACGCUCAUCAAGGCGGCCGGGUUGUGGUAUCCGCGCGUGAACGCUAACACUACCUCGAAUUUCCGUGUCGACCGGAAGCAUCACAAGAUUUCGCUCGCCUCCAUGUUCGGCCCUUCGCCCGACUGGGUCGUCGGUGUGAGCGGGUUGGAUCUCUGCCGGUCCGAUUGUACCUGGACCGAGGCGCUCGAUGUCGAUCUGUAUCCCUGGGACUCGGGUACGGACAGUGGCAUCAGCUACAUGUCGGCGAAUGCGGAAACACAACCGCGCGAACGCAUGCACCGCAUCACCACGCUCUACCCGGAGGAUCCCCGAGCGCCGUUCUACAAUCCACAGUCGACGGAGAUGACGCCACUAGCGCGACUCUAUCUGCGCCGGGAUCGCGUGAUUACCCGCAGCUGUGACGAGCAGUUCCUGCAAGCGCAGGUAUUGGAGCUGGCGGAGAACACUGAGGAAGAAACGCGCCCCCAAUGUGAGACCACCGUCUACACCGACUGGACACCAUGUUCCGUGACGUGCGGUAAGGGUAUACGGAUGCGCACCCGCGAAUACCUGCAGCCGGAUGUAGCGGCCGUUUCCCGCUGCAACAGACAGUUGAUCGCGAAGGAGAUGUGUGUCGCCGAGGUGGCAGAGUGUGGUGAGGAGACCGGCGGUGAGAAUGCAGCUAGCGCGGAAGACGUUGGACAGUUGGCUGCCAGCGUGGACGAGGCGGGCGAAGGUGUCGGUGUUUGUCGGACGACGCGCUGGAGCGAAUGGUCGGAGUGUUCGGCUAGCUGUGGCAUCGGUGUGACGAUGCGCACGCGCACAUUUGUUGAGCAUAUGGGCCGCAAAAAGUGUCCCCACAUCAGUGUCGUGGAAAAAGAAAAGUGUAUGCGCCCGGACUGUUCCAUCACCGACAUGGAAGCGCCGGAUCCACUCUGUCCGGUAACCGCCUGGAGCGAUUGGAGUCCAUGCAGUGCGACGUGCGGCAAGGGUGUACAGAUUCGUACCCGUCUGUUACUGCUGGUGCCGGAAGAACAUGAACGCUGCCAGAAUCGCAUCGAGCUAAACCAACAGCGCCCAUGCACGGAAAAAGCGGACUGUCUGUACGACACGUUCACCGCCAAGGAGAUCUGCUCACAGCCCCCAGAACAGGGCGUAUGCCGUGGUCGAUAUCAGCGCUAUGCGUACGACUCCAUCCAAGGUACCUGCGUACCGUUCUACUACGGCGGAUGUCGAGGCAACAGGAACAAUUUCCUCACGGCGGAUGACUGCAUGAACACGUGCAGCAAGCCACGGUUGGAGAUUGUUACCGAGCGCACCAGCACUACAGCGGAUCCGUUCGAGGCACUCCCGGUCGACUGUGUACUAUCCGACUGGUCGGAAUGGUCACCCUGCUCGGUUACAUGCGGUACGGGCCGUUCGGAGCGUGUUCGUUCGAUUGUAACGCAUCCACGCAAUGGUGGACAGCUUUGCCCACCGCGUAUCGUAAAGCGCCGUAAAUGUACCGGGCCACCGUGUAAUUGA